UAAAUACCCCCCAACACGUUGAUCUAGCUGUAGGCAGUGUUAAUGUUUGUGGGAGGUGUAUUGGGUUGUAGCCUAUGUGGGGAAAGUAUAAUAGAGCCUUUAUAAAAAAUAUAUAAUUUAUUUUGAACAAACAUAGCUAUAUCAAGAGCACUCUCGUCAGUGUGCCAGAGCGCAGAAGAAUUUACGAACACUUCUGCAAAAAUAGCGGAAUUACAUUGUCAGCAGCGCAGUUAGUCAUCAACGCUCUGGAUAACAUGAACAUCAUAACCAGCUCUACUAGGGCGACUGAAAUGGUCAGAGGGAGGUGUUCUCAUUUGUCUUGAAGUAGCUAGCCGAUGUUAGCUUGGGUGCUUGACUGCCGUUGAGGUCAGAACGCUCGGGUCAGCCCUACUCCUCGGCCAGAGCGUCCACUGUGCGCUCGGAAGCGAAACGCUCUGAAUUUACGAAAGUCUAGAGAGCGCGCUCUGGCACUCCAUAUUUAAUUUACGAAGAUCCCUAGCAACACACUUUAAAAAAGGAACUAAGGGUUGUCGCCAUGGUUGCUACAAGCAAACUGAAGAGUAAAAACCCGGAAUUCAUAUCAGAAUUGAUUGACCGUAGAUACGACCAGACUUGUAUUGAAAAUGAGCUGGAUUCCUGGGACCACUCUUUGGCUGAGCCCCACCUGAAUGUGGAGGUGUCGGAGGACAGGAUGUGUCAGCAGUUGGCCAAGAUGUUAGAGAACUGCCUGUCACGGGCCAAGAAGACCACCAUGCGUUGCUCUAAGGUGCUGGUCCCUGAGAAGCUGACUCUGAGGAUAGCACGCGAUGUACUCCGCCUGUCGUCGGGCGAGCCGUGCGGCCUACGCGGCUGUGUACUCUACGUGCACCUGGAGCAGGAACAGUGCUGUAAGCAGCUGGAGCGCAUCGUGUACAAUGCAGACGUUGUGCCCACCUUCGAGCUGACGUUGGUGUUCAAGCAGGACUGUAGCGCAUGGCCCAGUCUCAGGGACUUCCUGCACAUUGGUGCCUGUUUCACUCCAGGCUUCAGGCAUGCGCUCAAACUCAGUCCUGGCUUCCGGCUCAUCAAGAAGAAGCUCUACUCAUCCUUGGCUGGUACUGUGGUAGAGGAGUACUGAGAAGGGAGAAUUGCGGAAGGUGGGACACCAUGGUUCAGUCAGCUGUCCUUGGGGUGGCAUGUACAAUGCAUUUCUACACUUGAAUAUCUGAAUGUUAAGAUCACUCCUGGAGGGUCUAAUUUUCUACAUGUUUUUUUGUAUGAAUACAGUUUUUGAACGAGUAGUGUUGUACAAAGGUUGUUGUCCUGUCUGUUCCAAUGUCCAGGAUUCUACAACUGAUUACUCAAAAUGGACUGACAAGUCUUGGUUACUAUAAUGGAUUGUCUAAUGCCUAAACAAGAUUAACACAACUUUUCUUUUGACUUCACUUCGAACAAACUUUGCCAAUCCGUUUGUUUCCAGAUUUGUCCACUGCCGUGCAACAAAGUAAACUCACCUAGAGGCUAUAGGAACAGGACUUGGAAAAGUUUAGGGGGCCAUAAUGUUGGUGUUCAAUGCUGAAUUGAGGGUAUGUAAGUGUUUGUUAGCGAGCCAUUGACUGUUUGUCCUUGUGAACAUGCUGCUCAUUGACUGGCUCCAACCUUGACGGAUGCCUUAAACUGCCACUUAGAUUUUUCUUCAUCUAAAUGUUUUUUUUUUUCUUGCACUUGUUAGAUCCUAGCUCCACAGGGGUUCUUCAGGGCUUGUUCUUUUUAUACCUUUCUCAAUUGAUGGCUGUUUAAAUGUAGGAUUUUUUUGUUUUGUUGAGAUACCUGUUAAAGGCAGUAGCAAUCUUGUCUUUGACAAUUAAACAUUUUAAACCUA